GUGGGUUAGUAAGGUUCAAUGCGGCUCACGGUUGGGUCAAGAGACACGUUUGUCCCGAACCGACUUCCCAUACGUUGAACCAGUGACUCCACCCAAGACGCCUAGAGGCGGGAAUAAGUCUUGACUGCAUUCCAUGGUGAGAGUGUUGGUCUUGGCAAGAAAACAAGAGAAAGCAUAUAUACCUCAUUCACCCCCCUAGCUUGCACUGCCACAUUCGAUGCUACUACCAUCUACAAGCAUUAGUUCCACUGCCUCGACACUAGGGCCAAACACGAUCCAAGACUAUCCAAUCCACUCCACAAUCAGCCAAGACCCAAAGGUCAUCACCUUCUCUACUCAGUCUCCAACCAUACUGCCGAUGACUGACUAUAACAACCAACGCAUCGACGCUCAAGACUUGACUUCAAGGCUUGUCUCGUUCGAACACCAGUCCAACAACAACAUCAACAACAACAACAACAACUCUGCCAAAGGCAAUGGAGAAACCUCCUCCGACUCAAUUCUGUCCCAGCGAUGUCCCCGAUCCACCUCCAUCGACAGCGGCGUCAUGCCCCGUUUCACCAAAUCAGCAACAAUGUCCACAACAGGCACCAAUGACUCCCACUACUCUCAGUACUCCGGCCUCCGCGUUAUGCGCGCUGAGCCUAGUUCCAAGACACAUGCUGAAAGUGUUGGUGUCGCACCAGGCGAGUUCAGCAAACCGCGUGUCCACAAGCGCAACCGCAGAGACACUCAAAGCAGUGUUGGAAGCGGCAAGAGUGCGAGAAGCGAAGAGCCAAAGGAGUUCAAGUACUAUGGCCGACACAGCAACCAAUGGUUGUUCAACGACUUUAGUGUCACUGAUGCUGUGUCCAAAGGCUUCAAGAGAGUCUUUAGCAAAGACAACAGUGGAAAGGACUGGUAUGAGGACAGGAACCGUUAAAGAUGGGGUCCAGGUAAAAAUCGUAUCGAACAAAGGCUUCAUCAGGCUGAGAGACAGACAUACAUCACACAUCAAUACAACCAAUCACAUCACCAACCGCAUAUGACCUUGUCGACAUGUUGUGACAUGCUAACUGAGCAGCUUCUCGGCAACAAUACAUCCACUAAUAUGAUUAUGGGCGAU